GCGGAAGAGGUCGGCGAACUAGCGAGUGUUUUAGUAGCUUUCAAUUGCAGCGCUUGAAAAAAACAUGGUUAAACAUGCGGGAGAAAGCGACUGGUUCAGCGCUUACCGAAUGAAAUCUACAGAUAAGCAUCACUAUGGAAUCUGAGGCCAACUCAUUUCGAGUGGAGUUUCCAGACUUCUCCUGUUCCAUUCUACAGAAACUGAAUGAGCAGAGGCAGGUCGGACAGCUCUGUGACAUCACCGUGGUGAUCCAGGGCCGCCGUUUCCGGGCACACAAGGCCGUGCUGGCGGCCAGCUCCCCCUAUUUCUGUGAUCAGGUGUUGCUAAAAAACAGCAUGCAGGUGGUGCUGCCAGACAUCAUGCAGCCAAGCAUUUUCGAGAGCCUGCUUCAGUCCUGCUAUACGGGCACACUCGUUUUGCCAGUGGGAGAAAUUGUGGGGUUCUUGACAGCAGCCAGCUUCCUACAGAUGUGGCAUGUGGUGGAUAAGUGCACAGAGCUGUUGGGGGAAAGCUCAUCCGUGUUCUGCCAGAGGUCUGGUCUCAGCAGUGACCACACAUCCCCAGGCAACAGCAGCUACCAUAGCUUGAGUGAUGCCCUCGACUUUGAUUCUGCAUCAGGAUACAGACAGUUUUCUAGGGGUUCAGACUGUAAAGAGGGUGAAGUGGAACAGGUUCCAGAGGGUAGCUUUUCACCCCAAGAGCAGGAAACGUCACUCUGUGCCUCUCCACCCUGGGAGCCGGACCACACAAGCACUGAGGGGACCAGCCAGGAUGGGGAGGACAGGGGUGGUGAGAUGGUGGAUUGCCAGUUCUCCCGUCCUAUUUAUAUCCCACCCAGCAUCAUGUACCACAAGAGGUGGAUUCAAGUGAAGGCAGAGAAGCUAGAGAAGGAUGACAGUGGCAGAGACUGUGGUGGGUCGGCAGACACCAUGGUCAAGGAACUUGAAGAGAGGGUUCCAGAGCAGGUUAGCCUUUCUGAGGAGGAAUUCCAGCUGGCUGCCUGCACAAACACAGAGGAGAAGCUGGAACUGGAUGAGGGCCAGGAAGGUGGGCAGUCCUGUGAUGAGCCAGUGGACUUCUAUGGUGCAUCCAUGGAGGAGUUCUCCAGCAACAGGCCAGAGAGUGAUCCCAUCCUGUCCAAGGAGGACUCGGAAGCAGCUCGAGGAGAGGAUACUGCAGACACUGCAGUGGGAGUCCAGGAGGAAACCUCACAUUCAGGCUUUGCAGCAGUAAUCUACAAGCUGUAUCCCUGUCAAUGUGGAAAGAGCUUCACCCACAAGAGCCAGCGAGACCGGCACAUGGGCAUGCACCUUGGCCUACGGCCUUACGGCUGCACAAUCUGUGGAAAAAAAUUCAAGAUGAAGCACCAUCUUGUGGGCCACAUGAAGAUCCACACAGGCAUCAAGCCCUAUGAGUGCAGCAUCUGCAGGAAGAGGUUUAUGUGGAGGGAUAGCUUCCAUCGGCACGUGUCCUCCUGCACCAAGGCCCACCAGGCUAAGCGGGCUGCUAUGGAGCAGUCAGCUCAGAUCUGCUGAGCCAGGAAGCAAAAUUCUAGCUGCAUUGCUGUGGGGUUUGCCACAUCCAACAGCAAGGCUUGCAAAUAUGGCAGAGGGCAAACUUUGCUAGACAUAUGUUCUGGGCCUUUGGUUUGUGGUGCUGUUCAAUACAAGGAAACAGCAAGAACACCUGUAACUUACACUAUAUUAAACAUGAGCAGAUUUUUUUUCCCCUUUUUGCCUGAACGCAAAAGCAUCUAGAUAAGGAAUUUGCAACAUAAAGACUUUAUGUACUGUAAUAACAUUCAAGUUGGCUGCUUGGAGUUGUUUUUAUAUUAACAAAGUACUGUUUGUUGUAGCAGUAAAUAUAUCAACACUUUUAGAACAUUUUGGUUUAAUUUGUUUUUGGGGCCAGUGCAGCAUUUGCUUUGCUGCUUAAGAUUCUCAGUUCUAAAGAAAAGCUAUACAGCUGGUCAUUUGUAUUAUUUAAACUUUUUUUUUUUUGCUUUAAGCAUUCAUGUAGAGGUACAGUUUUAAUACUUGCACAGCAUUUGCAGGAAUUUCAGUUGAUUAUGUCAGGUUAAGCAAUUUUGAUGGCAGUAUAUGAGAAGGUUAAGCAGAUUAAUAAGAAUGUAGAAUAUGACUGGUUGAGGGAGGUGUGAUAGAUUUGAGUUUCAAUCAGUGUUUAUACAAAUAUAUUUUUGUCCGGUUAUUCAACAGCCUUUCCUCAUAUGGGUAUUAUGUCUUUGUCACAUUUAUAGUUCCACUGCAUAGGUAUUUUCUGUCAUUACACCAUAUUCAGCACUGUAUUUAUUUUAGAUAUCAUGGCUACAGUGUGCUGCACAAAGGCUUGUUAUCUAUACUUCAGAGAUUGAUUACAAAGUGUUCUAGUAAAUUUUUUUGUAUGUAAGCAAAGUAUUUCUUCUAAUAGAUGUGGGACAAUGUAAUACAUUCCUUUUUAUAAUGCUGUGUGUGUAAAAAGUAUAGUGUAUAUUAGUAUCAAGAGAUUUCAAAGUAAUAUUUUUAUUUAUUCUAAGUGUAAAACAUACUGACAGUGGACCAUUAUCAUGUGGGUCACUUCAUGUAACACCAUGGGGUUUGUCCAGGUUUUUUAAUCACUAGAUUUUUCUGUAUUUCCUCUAAAAAGGCUAAUUUUAAUUUUAUAAAUUCUCUGAAUUGAGUAACAUUUAAAGUCUGCAAGGAUCCUCAAAGGAUAAAAUAAUGAAUUUGAUGUUAGAUGAUUUAAUUCAAAAUGAGUGGUUUACCAUAAAACAAAGCCGUAGGUUUCGUUGGAAAAAGCUCAAGAAUGUGUGUGGGUUCGUACGGCUGAGAGUGACGGCUUCAGGGAAAGAAGAAAUUGCCGAUUUUAAGUAAAGCCUUUUAAUGUGAAAGGAAGGAAACAAAUUUAAUGGCCUUGUCUGUCUGGAACUGACAUAUUACGCUUUACAGGCUCUUGAGUCCUUCCACUGACAUUCUUUAACUAAUUUGACAACUUGGAGGCACUGUAACAAUACUCUGUGGGUUUUUCACUUUGUUCCAGCAGCUGCAGCAGUUGCCUUCGUUGGAAAUUCUCUGUGGGAAUAUUUCUAUAAAAGGUGCUAAAGUCAUCUUUUUCGUCAUUGUUUGUAGUAUGUGUAGCUUUUAGAUAAUUGGAUUAAAAUCUUUAUUUUGGUACUUUUCAACUGUAAUGUUCUCCAUAACUUUAUUGUACAUUUUCUCCAGCUUAAGGUAACAUUGUAUUUUCAUAUUUUAACAUGUUGCACUCUUAUUGAUUUGAUUAUGGUUAUUAGUAGUAUUUGUUCCACCUAACCAGGGUAAUUUACAGUAUAUCGUACAGGUUCACGCUCUGCCCCUUUAGCCAGCCAGGUGUGUAUAAUACAUGGGCAAUUCAGGUUCAAGUAUUUAUUUUUUCAAAGGUACAACAGUAGUGCCUCAUCCAGGAGUUUCAUGCACAAUUUCCUGGUCAUAGUUCCUGAACGCUGUUCUGUACUGCGGUUUCCAAAAAGAAUUGCAGUUGAAUAGUGGGAACAGGAUGUCUACUUGACAGGUAGCUGCAGGUAACAUUUUUUUAACAGUUAAAUAUGGUGACAAUAUGUGUUUCCAUUGCUUCA